AUGCCGCCUCCUCAGCCCAAACGACAAGGACUGUUACAAUUAGCGAAGUCUGCCCAGUUAUACUGGUUUUUGGGUCAUGCCUUUGCCAUUCUAUUCACUGCAUUGACAUUUGCCACGUCUUUCUUCCGAUCUCCAUUUUCGGACACUCCAUUAGGCUUUUAUAAGAAUGCACUAAAUGCGAUCAUCAUCACAUAUGUCAUUGUGCUUAGACAGGUACACAAGGGCAAGCCAGUCACAAUGAUUAUUUCACAAUUACGGUCCCUCCUGAAAGAAAGUAACGUUCAGUAUUUGCUACUGGCUCUUGUUUUCAGGCUGACAGCCACUGAUCCAGGUCCAGUCUUUGGUGGGUUGUAUCCAUUCACUAUUUACUCUUUGUUUCAUUUCUUGAAUUAUUUGGAUACUACUCUGCUGGCAACUCUACCAGUCUCAAACGCAGACCAGGUUCGCAAUUUGAUUAGAAUGUUCGUGAGCUCUUACAAUGAAAAGUCCAUGUACCUUGCGGCUAGUUGUGAAUUAUUUUUAGUUCCUUCUUUGUUGCUAUCCUCUUUGAAGUCGAUUAUAUUGCUGGAAUGGUAUAGGGCUCCCUUUUCAUUUAUCAGGCAAUUAAUCGUGGUAUUCUCCGUGAUCUCGUUUCUGAGAUUAAGAUAUCAACAGAAUGUUUACAUGAAACAAUUAGUUGAUAGUUAUGAUUUGAAGAUCAGUCAACUCUUAUACCAUCCCCAACUUCCUCAAGGAUUCAGGUUGGGAUAUUUACGAUUUAAGAGUCUAUUAACAAGCACGCUAGGAUACUUAGAAUUGGAAAAAAAGACCAGAUAA